AUGGGGAACAACUGGAUAUUUGAUUCUAGAUUCGGGUCCAUCAAUCGAGCUUUGAAUCUCAAUGUGCUCUGCGUCUCUCUCCUGGCAUGGAAUCAGUCUGCUACUCAGUUCCUUUAUGUUGUUUCUGGCUUUCUGCUACUGUGUACCCCUCAUCACCUCCUUUCUUGGCUACAACAUGAAUAUGGGCUCUUCAAACAGAGGUGCCUACGACAACCAAUUUCCUGCCUCCCAACUUGGAAUUACAAAGUUGUAAAUGUCAAUGAACAAGACGGAGUCGACAAUGAACAUUCCAAUUCAGCCCCUGCAAAUGAGGAAGAAUGCUGCAUUUGCCUAGCCAAAUACAAAGAUAAGGAGGAAGUAAGACAGUUGUCAUGUCCACAAAGGUUUCAUUUGAAAUGUGUGGAUAAGUGGUUGAGGAUCAUAUCAUUCUGCCCUCUCUGCAAACAAAAACCAAGGAGAUGA